GAAGAGGAAGAAGCUGUGACAGAUGGGGAGCAUGACGCUGAAGAAGUUGCAUAUAACGUUGUUGAAACAGAAAAGGAGGGAGCUAGGAAAAAGAGAAGAAGGAAAAGAAUCUACUCGCUUUCAAGCGAAAGUGCUAUAUCGGAAUCCAAUAUAGUUAGUGAGACUCGUAAGAGCGUGCGGUCAAGGAAUAAACGAGAGAAAAAGCUUUCUGCAAAAGCACAAGCACUGCUCAACGAAACACUCGAGUUAACUUCUGAUGAAGGACGACGAGGCGGAACUGCUGCUGAAGGUGAUGGAAAUACCUCUCAGCAAGAAUUUGAGGGAUAUGAUGAGGAGUCUGCAGCGAAACAUGAAACAAAACUUACUCGUCGUCGUCAGAUGAAAGCUAAAGUUCCGGUGAAGCAUGCAAUGCCGAUCAAGCGGCAGCCGAAUAAAGCAAAGUCAAGAAAAACGCAGGAAAGGAGUAUCGCUUACGAUUCUCAAGAACAAUUAACUAAUAAGGAUUCAAAAAAACAAUUCUCUGCUUCUAAAUCCAAGAAGAGCAAGUCAGCGAUUGCGACGAAAAGCAUGGAGGCUGGGAGUUGUGAGAAUUCCGCUUCCUUCCCUAUUUCAUCGACAGUUGCAAGUGUUGAAGAAGACGGUGGAAGUAUGGGUGGAUCAAAUGCUGGUGAAAGUGUGAAUGAACGUUCCUCUUUGACACGCGUAACACCUGCAGUGACGCCAGUUCCACAUGAAACAGAGCUGUCUCGUCCUCGUCGUUGCACAAAAGCAAAGGCUCUUCCAAAACCUAUUUCUGUAGGAAAACGUCAGCCUAAUAAACCAAAAGCGAAGAAAAAUGAGAAGACAGGGAACAAAGGAGAUCUUGAUAACUCUGUUGCCGACGGUGCAGGUGCUAAAUCAGCCACUUUAACUGAAGGAGAGGAAAUUCUUUGUGACUCAAAUGAUCUCGAGCCAGGAAUGACUGCUGACGGUGUAUCUCUUGCCACCAAUGAUGACAUAUUCGCAAAUGAGUCGACAGUGCCGGAAUCUACGUGCUCUAAAGGAGGUGUGCUUUGA